GCAAACUGCGGUGACUCGCAGAGGCGCGCUCCUGGCAGGGCUCGCCAUCCCAGGCGCCUUGGUAUCGCCAGACCUGCUGGCCCCCGCGUCCCCCGCCCCAGCUCCCGCUCGCGCCCCCGGCCCGGGUUCCUGCGCCCAUCUGCCCUCCUGCCCUCCUGCCCUCUCCCGCCUCUCCGAGCCCCAGCUUGCGGGAAGGGAGGUCGCGGGAGCGGCCCGGCAGCACCGGCGACCGUGGCGACAGCUGCGGCAGUGGCGGCGGCGGUGGCGGCGGCGGCUGCAGCGGCGGCGGAGGCUGCGGCGGCGACCGUGGCAGAGGCGGUGGCGGAGGCCUCCGUGGCGGAGGCGGACGUAGAGGUGGAGGAGGCAGUAGCGGAGGCCAUCCUGGGGGAGGCGGCAGCCGCCCUGGCCGGGGAGGAGGUAGAGGCCGCUCUGGCGGCAGCAGCCGUGGUGGUGGCAGAAGCCAGCGCGGCCCAAGCCGCUGCAGCAGCAGAGCCUGUGGCGCCCCCCUUGGAGGAGGAGGAGGAGGAUGCGGAUGAGCAUGCAGAGGCGGCGGCGGCGGCUGCCACCGCAAACGCAGAGAGGGGCUGGAGUUCCGAGGAGAACCCGGACUUUCCUAUGGCCUCACUGUACGUGGGAGACCUGCACCCUGAGGUGACAGAGGCAAUGCUGUACGAGAAGUUCAGCCCGGCAGGGCCUAUCCUCUCGAUCCGCAUUUGCAGAGACAAGAUCACCCGCCGCUCGUUGGGCUACGCAUAUGUCAACUACCAGCAACCGGUGGACGCCAAGCGGGCCCUGGAGACCCUGAACUUUGAUGUCAUCAAGGGCAGGCCAGUGCGCAUCAUGUGGUCCCAGCGGGACCCUUCGCUGCGCAAGAGCGGGGUGGGCAACGUCUUCAUCAAGAACCUGGGCAAGGCCAUCGACAACAAAGCGCUGUACAACAUCUUUUCGGCGUUUGGCAACAUCCUCUCUUGCAAAGUGGCCUGCGACGAAAAGGGGCCCAAGGGCUACGGUUUCGUGCACUUCCAAAAGCAGGAAUCCGCCGAGCUGGCCAUUGAUACCAUGAACGGCAUGUUCCUGAACUACCGCAAAAUUUUCGUUGGGAGAUUCAAGUCCCAUAAGGAACGAGAAGCUGAAAGAGGAGCUUGGGCCAGGCAGUCCACCAGUGCUCACGUCAAGGAUUUCGAGGAAGACACCGACGAGGAGGCCACCUUCCGAUGAAGACAUCCAGGAGCCAGUCAUCCAGCAGAGCCAAACUUUGCCUCCCACCCGGUUUACAGCCCCCUCUCUGCCCCCCCUAACCCACCAGCAGUGUAUUGUAUUGAGAGUGCAGAUCCGUGCUUCUCUCCCCCCCUCCUCUCUCUCUCUCCCUGUCUCCUCUCUCUCCUUCUGUCCUGUCUCUCCCUCUCCCUCUCUCCUGUCUCUCUCUUCCUCUCCCUCUCUCUUCUCCCCCAUCUCCUCCCUCUCUCCCUCUCCCUCUCUCUUCUCCCCCCAUCUCCUCUCUUUCUCCCUCUCUCUCCCUCCCUGUCCUCUCUCUCUCCCUCUCUCUCCUGUCUCUCUUCCUCUCUCCUGUCUCUCUCCCUCUCUCCUGUCUCUCCCUCUCCCCAUCUCUCUCCCUCUCCCUCCCUCUAUCCCUCCCUAUCCUCUCUCCCUCCCUCUCUCCUGUAUCUCUCUCCCUCUCUCCCUCUCCCCUCUCU